CGUUUAAACUUUUUAACCUCACGAUAUUUCCACAAAAGAUGUUUUGAUAAAAGAAUAGCAAAAGAGGCUGUCUAGGGCCCGAAUUCGAUAGAAGGCACCGGAAGAAUAAUGUCCCUCAGCAAGACUGAGUAUCUACUCAUACAUAAUGAGUACGAGUACCGGCCGAAUGUUCGAGUUUCAUUCACAAAGGUCAUUGUUUUGGUGAUGUGCUUCCCCUUACUGGCGUUUCUGUUUUGCAUUAUCUAUUCUGUGAUUUUUAACUUUGAAAAGGCCACCUACACCCACUGCCAAGUUUUUAAUUUCUUACCGUCGAUAUCCGCCGCUAUUGGUAAUUUUUCUCCACAAAGGGAGAUAUGGCAAACUGCCAUGACAUUACAAUUGUUCCCUCGGAUAUUAGUCGCAAGAGAAUACCUUAAUCACCAUCAUAAAAUGUUGCACAGUGAACAUAUGUGGAUGGGGUACAUGGCAUUUAUUCUUAAUAUUGUUGAAAAUAUAUCUUUAAUUACAUUGUCUUUCUUUACUUCAUCAAGGUAUUAUGCUGUUCAUGAAAAAGCAUUUGUGAUAUUUAUCCUUGUAUCUGUGGCUCACAUGUUUUUAAUGAAUUUUAUACAAAGAAAAUACAAGAGACCACAAAAAUACAGUAUGAUAUGGAAAAGGAGAUGCUUCUUUACGAAUUUCAUCUUUAUUUUGUUGGCAGCUUUCUUUUUUGCUAGACAUAAUUCACUUUGUGAACCUUAUGUGUACUCCCUCUUUGCUGCCUCGGAAUACAUGGUAGUACUAUCAAACAUAGCCUUCCAUUUCACGGCGUACUUGGACUUUAAUCAGAAGGAUCUAGUCAUUUUCAAGCACGGCUUCGCCGUUACGGACAGAUAAUAUUUAGUUAUUUAGCUAGUAAUUUAAUUUAUUUUUUUCAAAUCUAACUACAUUGAAUUUAUACUUGGAAAAUCUGCUGUGUUGGAACAGAAUAGUUUUGUUUGCAUCAACUAGUCAUUUAAAAGGUAUGGUGGAAUAUAUAUGACGCUUACUUACCCUGAACCAUCUCCGCAAGAGGUUAUUUGGUUUUCAAGGAUCAAAUUGUUGAUGAAAAUAUUCUGUUCCUUAAAAUAUAUAAUGUACUUAAAGAAAGAUAAAAAUCAUGUAUAAAAUUCAGGGGAUGUUUGUGAUUCUGCAAGCCAUUCUACUAAUUAAUUGUAUUAUUUAUUUGACCAAAACACAAUAAUUCUUUAGUUAAUAAUGAUUUUGAUGACCACACACACCAAUUUUCUUGUUGCUUGCAGAAUUUCUAAAUGGGUUAUGUAGGAUGUUGUUUGCAAAUACAUGUGAAUGUGAUAAUACAUAUAAUAUUAAAUAA